GUUGUUAAGCCGCAUAUAUACAGCCAAACGGGCCGCACUGCAUUUCAGCCGCUGAGCAGAAGCCUGAAGCAGCGUGAACACCUUGUGUGUGUGUGUGUGUGUGUGUGUGAGAGAGAGAGAGAGAGAGAGAGCGAGCAGGAGACCGAGGUAAAGGCUGUAAAACCUGACCGUCCGUCUAAAAGCGCGUCUCGGUAUCUGAACAGCUAGCUUGUUAGCUAACAGCGUGUUUAGCGAAGAAAUGAACGGCCAUCUGAACGGUUUCCAUGGCAACUCGCUCAUUGAUGAAGACUGCUUUCUCUUCACUUCGGAAUCAGUCGGAGAAGGACACCCCGAUAAGAUUUGUGACCAAAUCAGUGAUGCCGUGUUGGAUGCACACCUUGGACAAGACCCUGAUGCCAAAGUAGCAUGUGAGACCGUUGCUAAGACGGGGAUGAUCCUGCUGGUGGGGGAGAUAACCUCCAUGGCCAACAUUGACUACCAGAAGAUUGUCAGGGACACAAUCAAACACAUAGGCUAUGAUGACUCCUCCAAAGGCUUUGACUAUAAGACCUGCAAUGUGCUGGUGGCUUUGGAGCAGCAGUCCCCUGACAUUGCUCAGGGCGUUCACCAGGAUCGAAAAGAGGAGGACGUGGGAGCUGGUGACCAGGGUCUGAUGUUUGGAUAUGCCACUGAUGAGACCGAGGAGUGUAUGCCCCUCACUAUUGUCCUGGCUCACAAGCUCAAUGCCAAGAUGGCUGAGUUGCGCCGAAAUGGAACACUGCCGUGGCUUCGACCCGAUUCCAAAACUCAGGUGACUGUUCAGUACAGGCAGGAUCGAGGCGCCAUGGUGCCAUUGCGUGUCCACACCAUCGUGGUGUCUGUGCAGCAUGAUGAGGGCAUACGUUUAGAUGAGAUGCGCCGUUGUCUGAAGGAGCAAGUGGUGAAAGCGGUGGUUCCCAGUGGAUACCUUGAUGAUGAAACCAUAUACCACCUGCAGCCCAGUGGCCGCUUUGUCAUUGGAGGACCGCAGGGUGAUGCUGGUCUCACUGGGCGUAAGAUCAUUGUCGAUACCUAUGGGGGUUGGGGUGCCCAUGGAGGCGGAGCGUUUUCUGGGAAGGACUACACAAAGGUAGAUCGCUCUGCUGCCUAUGCUGCCCGUUGGGUAGCCAAAUCUCUGGUGAAAGCUGGGCUCUGCAAGCGUGUCAUGGUCCAGGUAUCCUAUGCUAUCGGAGUCUCCCAUCCGCUCUCUAUUUCCAUCUUCCACUACGGGACCUCCCAGAAAAGUGAGAAGGAGCUGUUGGAAAUUGUGAAGAAGAACUUUGACCUCCGUCCGGGAGUUAUCGUGAGGGAUCUCGACCUCAAGAAGCCCAUCUACCAACGAACAGCAGCUUAUGGUCACUUUGGUCGGGACGACUUUUCAUGGGAGGUGCCCAAGAAGCUGAAAUAUUAAACCCCCCUCCUCUAAUCUCCCAGCAGGCCUUAGGUGUACCACAGAUAAAUGUGUGUUUGUCUACCUCCCUCCCUCCUCCUCUUCCUCCUCACACACAAACACACACACACACACACACAGACACACACACACACACACACACACACACAUCCACACACAUCCACACACAUCCACGUCACCACAACUUCUGCUACGUGAAAAGAUGUCCUUUCCCUACCUGUUAACGUUAAACACAUCUCCAGGAGAGAACUACAGUAUUUCAGAUAGCAAGAUAUUAAAUUUAACAGACAUGUUGGAGAAAUUGUGCGUGCAGGUUCGAGCAGUGCUGCCAGCUUUGAUUCAUCUUUGUUUUCCCGACUCACCUCAUUGUUUGUAUUAAUGGUCACCUAGUUUUCCUGACACUGCUGGUCAAGAGUGGACUAACUUCACAGAGUCUUCACAAGUCUGAUAAGUAUUAUUGACAGGAUAUAUUUAAAUCAUAUUUAUAGCAAAUUUCCAUAAGAAACAUAGGCAUUUCCCAAUAAUGAUGGUGUUCUGUAAGAAAUAUGUCCUGUUUCUCAGCUUUUAAAUCAGUCUCACUGCAGUUUAGUUGUAGAAGUGAUCAGUGGUUGGCAUCCUCUUUUGCUUUCUCUUUAAUGCAGUUUCUCUUGUCACCUCACUACUGGCAGUAUAGCAUCACAAAAAACAUUAGCUCCGUUCCCCUCGCGGCCUUCACCCUCUCUGUGUGAGAUUUUUAUGGCACAAGUAGGGUCAAACACUUGUCGAGUACUUGACCCUGUCUGCUAAUUCUUUUCGUGUGCUGUCCCUUCAGGCCAUAUUUUGUUUUUCUGACGUUUUACAGAGAAGUCAGAAGCUGCUAAUGACUGUGUGGUUUUGUUGGGCUGCACCAUGAAAUCACUCCAUUUUUGUAAUUUAUUUUGUUGGUUUUGUUAAUGUUCCAAAUGAUGCUGAAUGUGUCAGUGUUGUAUCGACCAAGGUAAAGGCAGAGGCACAGCACUCCCCCACCACCCCCUCCCCCAUUGAGAGUGACUCUGGGUGUAGCUACAGAGAAACCCAGAUUCAGUCGUCUCUGGGCAGGGGCUGCUUUUAUCCCAUGGCAGCACCGUACUUGAAAUCAUCUUUAUGAUGGCGUUUGACUAUUGUUGGGACCGAACAGUUUGACCAACAAGCAGUGAUGUGUGCCAUGCCAAGUUUUUGUAUUUAAAAACUGUUUUCCACUCAGUCGCGCACACAUUUUGGGUCCUUCAGUGUCACCUGCGCACAGUGUGAAAGAUGGACUGACAUAGAGAAGAUGAAGAGCAGAGCCACAGACAGACCAAGACAAAGGGAUAAGAGGCAACGCACAGUCGGCUUAGUGAAUGUAAGAUGUGGUAUUACUGCUCUCGUCUUCUCAGCAGAGUUGGUUUUGUACAAAUGAGGAUGCGGGAUCAGAUUAGUUUCUGAAUGCCCGUGGAUUUUGAAUCUUUCACUGGGAUUGCACAGCACAUUGCUUCCGAAUUUUACCAAAAAUUGAAAAGGCUUAUGUUUUCAGUGUCACAUGUACAAUAGUUCCCAAAUGAAUGUUGAACCUGCAGCUGAAGCGUUUCUUUAUAUUUAUUUAUUUGUUUGUUUUUAAAAUGUAUUCAUUCUCCGCAUCAUACCCCUUGGCUCAUGGAUGGCUCAUGUCCAAUUUUUUCCUGAGUAUUAUGUUUGAAACAAUCUGGGUUUGUCAAAGUUGCCCCUCCUUGUUCUUUCUAAACACUUCUUUUUAAAGAAAAGGCAGAUAAUUCAGGAAAGAUGUGCCGGUGAACCUAAAAAGUUUUGAAUACACAGUAUAUGCCUUUGAAUGCUUUCCCAGUUGCCCUUCUCCUUGACUUUGCUCCUGGAUGUGUAUCCUCUCAAUGAAGUUGCAGAGUUAAGGCUAAGCCAGCUGUAAGCCUGAGUGAGAUUAGUAUUCACCUUUUGAAUCACCACAGUUACGUGGCCUGAGCUGGGUGCACAGUUAGUGUAUCUAAAAAUGUCUUCAUGUAGCUGGGUAGCAUUGUGUCAUCUUGUAUAGUACUGAAUUUAAGUUUUUUUUUUUCUACUCUGAUAAAACUGACAUCUUGUAUUUAGUUUGUCUUCUCUGGCACCACCCUGUGGUUCCUUGAGUGUACUGCAUAUAAACCUCAGCGAGGAGCUGUAGGGAAUUAUGACUCUCCAUCAUCCAGUGAAGUGACUCAACCUCCAAAAUUUCUUUUCUUUUUUUUUUAAGUGAUAUGUUUUGUUUCUUCUGGCUCAUCCACAGACGAGACAAAUGAUUGGUUGGUGUUGUACAGAGAAACCAGCCUGUUUACAUGGUCUCCUGUGGGGGGUUUUAUAAGCAUUUUUGUUCACUGUAAAGUCAAUGAUCAGGAGUCUGUCAGCGUGGUUGCUGAAUGUGUAAAAGUGCCUUUUUCUCAUAAUCUGCGAUGCCCCUAUCCCCUGCCCCCAAAUAUCUGACUCCUUACCUAGUGAACCUGUCCCCCACAAGUUUCUAACUAAAAAUUCACUCUUCAAUAAUUCAUACUGAGGAGUCUGAUUUGUUGCUGAAUUUCUCUUGUAAACCCUUCAAAUAAACUGCACUCUUC